AUGGCUCACACUUUGGAAUCUUAUCUUAACAGCAGUGAUUUUUGUGGCCAGAGAGGGGAUAGAACAAUGGGAGAAAAAGGAGGUGGAAGCAGGAAAAUGGCAACGGUAGGGACGACGUCGGUGGCACUAACGACAGCGGCAAGACGAGGCGAUGGUGGCAGCAGCAGGGUGAGGCAGUGCAUGACUUCGGUGACUCGGUGGCCUGUGCUUUUGCUGGUGGCGACUCUUAGUCUGUUCCAAGUGUCAGCUAUGGAAAUCUACACACCACCGGAGCUCUCUGUGGAGAAUGGGACAGAGGCAAAACUGGAGUGCACGUUCACAUCAACAGAAGUGAUCAGCAGUGCAGCUUCUGUUGCCUGGAGCUUUCAAGCAGAGGGAGCACCUUCUCCUGUAUCAUUCUUUUAUUAUUCCAAUGGAAGGGCAUAUCCUGGGAAAUAUAUACCAUUUAAAAACAGAAUCAGCUGGUCUGGAGAUCUUAACAAGAAAGAUGCAUCUAUCAGUAUAGCAAACACGCGGUUUCAGGACAGUGGCAUUUAUAUCUGUGAUGUGAAGAACCCUCCAGAUAUAGUUGUCACUCCAGGAGAAAUCAGACUCAGAGUUGUGGAGGAAGAUGUUAGUUUCUCUGUAUUUGAAAUGUUUAGUCUAUUAAAAAUUUUCCUAAGUGUGUGCUUUGGAUAG